GAUUAUAAUGACCAGUUUUAAUUAACACAGUAUCGAAUGUUUGUCCGUGUAAACGAUAAUAAAUAUGAUGUAAUGGUUCCUGUAACUAAUAUGUGUGGAAAUCAGUGAUAAAUGGUUAUAGAGCAGAAGGGAUAAGUAGUAUGUUGGAUACCCUGGUAUUAUUUGUGGGCUUCAUGAUUUCGUGCUCUGAAUUUGUGUUGUGAUAGUGGGGAUGUGGUUUGGUUGGAGUGAGAUGGGGAACGAUUGGUAAUCCGAGAGGAAUUGUUAGAGGUUGGGAUACAUUACACAUGUUAGAUAACUUUGCUAUUUGUUGACAGUAAUUCAUUUUAUAGUUCCUCACCUCGAGUAAACACAGUAGAUCAGUGGAUGCCAACAUGGGUAGGCACUUGGACUCUUCUCACACUUCAGGUAGUGCUAGUAGAUAUAAAGAUAAAGAUGGAAAAUCUCGCAGUAGUAAGAGUGAUAAAGGGACACAAAAUAGAGGAUUUGGAGUGAAAGAUAAUCAGAAUGCUAAUGGCAAAUUGGACCGUUGGCCACAUGACAAGUUUUCAGAUGGUGAGCAGCAAAGUUCUGGAGGACAAAGUUACCAUAAUUACAGAGAUAGGCAUUGGCAUGUACAAGAAGAUGACUUCAUGGAUCAACGCAGGCAAGAACGGGAGAGAAUUGGGUUGAUAGGAGUCAUGCAAGUAUGGGGAAAGUCUCCACCGUGUUCUGAAGAUUCUGAUGAGGUGGGUCCAACAACAGCAGAACAUACAAAGAAAAGAGAUGGUGACACAGACAUGUCUGAACCAAAGAGGAAGAAAAGAAAGUUAAAGUCCAGUAAAAAGAAAAAAAAGAGUUCACAUAAGAGGAGUAGAAAGAACAAGAAGUCAAAGAAGAGGAAGAAAAUGGUGUCAAGUAGUUCUUCCAGCUCUUCAGAAGAAGCAGAACUGUGGGUUGAGAACAACAAAGCUGAAGGUUCUGGAUCUGAAGAUGAAGAUGGUGUAGUAGGACCAUUGCAGAAGCAGCAUGUGACACUGUCUACCAAAGACUAUGGAAAGGCUCUCCUUCCUGGAGAAGGAGCUGCCAUGGCAGCAUAUGUGGCAGAGGGAAAACGUAUUCCACGAAGAGGAGAGAUAGGACUUACAUCAGAACAGAUUGCGUCUUUUGAAGCUGUUGGUUAUGUCAUGAGUGGAAGCAGACAUCGUCGCAUGGAAGCUGUGCGUAUCCGUAAGGAGAACCAGAUUUAUUCUGCUGAUGAGAAACGUGCCCUAGCUAUGUUCAGUAAGGAAGAACGCCAGAAACGAGAGAACCGAAUCUUAAGCCAGUUUAAAGAAAUGGUCAGCAGUAAACUAGCUUGUGAGAAAGAUGAUGGAUGAAGAUGGUGUUUGAGUAAUCUAGUACUUGAACAUAUGAAGAAAUGUGGACUUGGGGUGACCCUUCUUCCUAGAAAAUAAAUCUAAAAAGCAAGAGCAUCACUGAUUAUAGGCUGCAGACAGAUUGAUUGAUAUAAUCAUUUAGCAUUCAGUUUUAUAGUGAUAAGUAAUGGACUAUGGCAAUAUUAAAUUUGCUAUGAAGAUAGAUUACAAGACAACUCUAGUAACGGCAGGGGAUCACUCCUAUAUGUUGAGGGUGACACCUGUUUUGUUGGAAACAAGUUAUUGCAGUUUUAUCUAAUAUUUUUAUUUGUGGUUUCAACACAGAAAAGUGCUUUAAAAUAUUAACAUAUAAUUCAUUUAAAUCAGACAGUAUUUGUUACAAGUUGAAUAACACGAUUUUCUAUUUUUAGUAUACAUCCUUCAGUUGAGUUAAUUUGCUAUUUUAUUCAUUCAGUGGUUCUGAUUUAUUUGUAGAUACAUCUGUGACUAGUAGAUGUAAUACUACACUGUUGAUUUUGAGGAUACAGCUAAGAAGGAUGACGAUUCUGCCAGUCCGUGAAUCCACCACUAUAAUGACGUGAACUGAAAACAGACAAAAAUAUAGAUAUGAAAAUGAUGUAAAUAUAACUGGCACAUUCUUGCUCAGGAAUAGGGUCAUAUGUCCUUGGCAGACACUAUUCUUUAAGACCAUGAAAAUAUUCAAAUCUACAUUUGGCACAAAAGUGAAAUUAUAUUUCUGUAAAUCUAAUAAAGACAGGUCAGUAUAACAUGUCAUCUGUUUAUCACAAGACUAGUUAUCAGUAUAUAUACACAUACUUUUGCUUUGGAUAAAAAAGUCUUGAUAAUAUAUGUGAAGAUCAGUGA